AUGACCACACGAUUCUCUUCGUUCAUCCCGAUUUCUUCCGCUUGUAUUGCGGACCAGUGCACCUUGACAGCCGAGACUUUCCGACUCAUUAACGCGCUAGCCAGCGAUUCCAGCGUAUCUCUGGCAUUUAGCAAGCUUGCCGCAUUCGAGGUUUGCGACGGAAGUACACGACCCGUCGGAAAGACGAUCACCGGCAAAACCUAUGCCAUGGCGCCCGACGAUGUCAGCACUAUAUCUUUCUAUUCUUUUAUAAUAACGAACCCACACGACUCCACGACACACUGGUCCAAGAUAACGAAGCAGAUUGACUGGUCACAAUUAGCGUCCUGCUCUCCAGUUACCAACACGUACAGCAUCCCCGCUUUACCAAAAACUGCCGGAGGGAAUGACUCCACCUCCGCUAACCCAGAUGACUUCAACAUUGAUCCUUGCUCGCCGCUUCUUGCCAUUCCAAGGACGGUGCUCGAGGAGGAGCCUGCGUGGGCAAGAUGUUUCCCAAAUGCUCAAGGUGGUGAACUCGAUCCACCCUACGGACACACGACAAGUGUAGCUUACACGCCGCCUCUGCUCACUACUGCGAAACCGAGCCCGACUUCCAGUGUACCAAGGGAGACUCAGGAACAGAACCCCACCACGGCUAGGCCGACAUCCGCGCAACCUCAGCCACCCAAGCAGACCAGUCAGCCACAGCAGCCAAGUCAAACAGAACCAAGCCCUUCGAACCAGGACCCACCACCGCCCGCUGAGUCGCCUGCGACGCAAGAACCGCAACCACCCCCAACAGGCAACGAGCCCAGCAACCCUUCGGGGCCCGCUCCAAACACAGACGGGGACCGUCCGACCGCGCCCGCAGGCAGCAACACCGUGGCGCCGCCCAACCCUACUUCAGACGGAGGCGCUGAGCCGUCGAACUCAAACGGCAACCCAGACACAACGUCUGGAGGCAGCGGCGGUGCCAGCAGUGGCGUCAAUGGCGGCAGCAGCAAUGGCGGCAGCAGCGGUGGCGGCGACGUCACGGCCGCAACCACAGGCAUCGACUCCGGAUCUGGGCCCGGCUCAGGCUCCGGCUCAAACUCUGCCUCUGGUUCAAAUUCUGCCUCUGGUACGAACUCUGCCCCCGGCUCAAACCCUACCUCCGGCGCUGGCUCUGAGCCAGGUUCCGGCACAGGCACAGGUGCCGGACCUGGCGGCAACGGCGCCACAGGAACAGACGGGACGACGCUGUCGACGGGCUCGCGAACCAGCAGCGGCGGCAGCGGCAGCGGAGCGAGUCCCUCGAGCACCCCCGUGAGCAGUCGGGGCGGCGCCGUCGCUGUGAUACACGCAGGCAAGCGCGCGUCCGCGCUGGCUGUGAGUGGCGCGUUGGGUGUUGGCGCGCUGCUUGUUUUGGUGUGA